AUGCAAUCUCCAUUUCACUACUCAGACUCCUACUCUUCCUACUCCUCUUCACCAGGAAGCAUGGACUUCUUCUUCUACGGCGGCCAGCCCGUCUACGAUUCCCUCUGCGACAUCGACACAACCAGUUCCUUCCCCAUGCAAGAGGUCCCCCAAGAUCUUUAUGGCAUCACCAGCUCGCCCUACACAUACCAGAGAGCCCACGACUACCAAGUCUUUGACCAACCCGCCAUGCCCCAGAGCGCACCCAGCAGCUGUGGUAGCAGCUACAGCAGUAGCUAUAGCAACAGCUUCAACUUCCCCUCCGAAGACAUCCACCUACCAAGCUACCCAAUUGGCGAAUAUGAGUCCGGUGCUGAGUCUCCAGCCCCUACAUUCAAGCCGGCUAAGCCCUUCGGUUGCGACCACUGCGGCAAGUCCUUCACCCGCUUCGCAGACUUGAAGCGCCACCAGUCUAGCGUUCACUACCCUGUCUUCCGUAACUGCCCUGUCGAGCACUGCUCGCGAAAGGGUGCCAAUGGCUUCCCGCGUCAGGAUCACCUCGUCGAGCACCUGCGGUCGUACCACCACAUGGACGUGCCAAAGCGCGGUGCCUGCAAGCGCUCUGCGAAACAGAUCUCAUGA